AUGACUGUCGAGCCAAUUAACCCCGGAAACGAUGCGCGCGUGCAGCACAAAACCGCGGUGCUGAACGGACAGACGUAUCAGUACCUGUAUGCAGUGCCCAAGUCUGGAGAAUGGAGGGAUACUGUGUUUCUGAUCCACGGAUGGCCCGACCUCUCAAUGGGCUGGCGAUACCAGAUCCCCUUCCUCGUGGACCUAGGGUUCCGCGUCGUAGCGCCCGACAUGAUGGGCUACGGCGGCACGGACGCGCCCCAAGCGCCCCCAAACCCAAUAAACCUCUACGGCCUCAAGCGCGCCUCAGACGACAUCGCCGCCCUAGCAAAAGAAGUAGACGCCCCGACCAUCAUCCUAGGCGGCCAUGACUGGGGAGGUUUCGUAAUCUGGCGCGCAGCCGCCUACCACCCCAAGCUCAUCACACACAUCUUCUCCGUGUGCACGCCCUACUCCGCGCCCAGCGAGCAGUACAUCUCGACCGAAGACCUGGUCAAGGGCCCGCUGCCGCAGUUCGCAUAUCAGCUGCAUUUGGCGUCGGGUGAGGUGGAGAAGAGCGUACGUGAUGAGACGUCGAUACGGCAGUUUCUCAAGGGCAUGUAUGGGGCGCGGGGACCGGGCGGGGAGGUCGUGUUUGAUCCUGCGAAGGGGGUGGUGGGGGAGAAUCUGCCGCUUGUGGGGGAGAGUCGGCUUUUGGGCGGGGAGGUCCUCGAAUACUAUGUUGCGCAAUAUGUGCGUCACGGCAUACAUCCCACCUGUUCGUCCCCCCCUCCCCUUCUAUCCCUUAUUCAGCAUGUCAGUCCGCUAACCCCAAGCCCGAUAAUAGUAAACUGGUACCGCACGCGCCACGCAAACUGGGAAGAAGACAAAUCCCUCCUCGACAAAAAGACAAUCAACCAACCCACCCUCUUCAUCCAGGCCACGCAGGACUCGGUGCUCAAGCCCGAGAUGUCGCGCGGCAUGGAGGCGCUGGUGCCGCAGCUGACGCGGGGCGAGGUCGCCGCGUCGCAUUGGGCGCUGACGCAGACGCCUGCGGAGGUUAAUGAGAUUUUGGGGAAGUGGUUGGAGGGGCAGGGGUUGGUGGGCGAGGGGAAGGCUGGGAAGAGUAGUUUGUAG